AAUUAACAGCUUCGUCCAGCCAGUCAGGAAUCCGGGUGAAUCCGCAGCUCGCACUUACGCGAACGUCCUCCUCUCAACAACAGUAUCACUCGAAUCACAAGACAGAGCAGGUGGAAAACGAAGAAAAAACGAAGGACCACGACGAAAAAUCCAGGGAGUGUAGACUGGUAUAGUCUAAAACCCAAUAAAGGAAGACAAAAAAAAAGAAGAAAUGUUUCUCGUCAGGCAAGGAUUUCUCGUAAUUUCCUCGUGUUUGCUCUCCUUGGUGGCUGCGAGUUCGUCAAGAACUGUCUCCCCUCCUGUCAUCAACCCAGGCUGCACAACAUCAUGCUCAGAGCCCUGGGUAGUCCACAUUAAAGCUGAUGGGGAGAAUGACACAAUCCACCACAUCUGGGGCAUGCAUGCUGCCCCUUCCUUUCUCUUUGCUACAACGGAUUUGUCGUCUGAGCUGAAAGUCAACUGGAAGAAAUUGGAGGCAGGAGAAGAGAAGUCGAUUCAGUUUGAUUCUCCACCAAAUUACGUCUUUGGAUUUGCUAUACCCAAUUUGAUACUCUUCAAUGAUGUCAAUGAUACAGGCAAGCUGGACGGCAUCCCUGCUGAAGAUCGGCAAGUUGUUUCUAUGUCAGAGUUUGAGUGGGAGGUGCAAGAAACCUUCAAUGAUUCAACCCGUGAGGCAGCAGUGAUAUUCAAGACUUCAAAGUUCAGAGGAGACCCCUUGCCCAAUGACACUCACAUCAGUAUUCAGAUGGCAGCUUAUGGUGUGGAUGGUAGAAGCACAGUGUUACCCCACCUCAUAAGAACACCUGACUCGGCUCAAUUUGACAUUGUGCUGGAUCACCUCUUCUUGAAUUUAAACUCAACAGAAUUAACCCUUGAGAAGAAGCCAGACUAUUAUCCAAUGAGUGGUUUUGCAAAACCACGCUGGGCCUUCGAUUUCUUAUUGUUUAGUACAGAGAAAGCAGAUGGAAAGACAAUGCAAAUUUCAAAACAAAAGUCUCUUGAUGAUGAAAAUACUCCUGGAGUUUUUCAUCUGGAUGAGAUCACCACACCAUUAACUCAGGCAGGAAAACAGGGUGGUUACCUUCAGUGGCGACCAGUUAGCUACCUCACCAGUGAUCGUGACAUUAAUUUUUCCACCUUUCCCAAUAUCAAUGAGACUUUUCCACCUCUUGAUAACAUUACACUUGCAAAGUCCUCUUUGGCAUAUGCCCUGCUUGGAGAGGACCUGUUGACAAGAGUCACAGCCACAACAACAGUAGCAUUUGGACAGCCAAAAGACAACUUCUACACUGGCAGUAACUACACAACAUGGACUGUGGCUAUGGGGCAAGGUUCCCCUCCCAUUGAGACAUUUUCAACCAUGGUAAUUAUCGUCAUUAGCUUGGGGGUUGGCAUCCCUGUGCUUAUGUUCCUCAUUGGAGGUAUUGUGAUAGCCUCACGCAGGUGUCGUCAGUCAUCAGAUCAACUCCUGCUGAAUUAGGCCUGUCAGUUUUUUAUAUAAUUACCCCACAGAGAUCUUUAUGGAUUUAUUGUUAAAUGGUCACUAGUAUUUUCUUUAUUAGAUAUACUUAUACAUAUAUCAAAACAUGAAAUUAUGCUAACCUUAAAUGAUAAUUCAGUUCUCAUGAAAAUAAGUGCCUUCUGAGAUUGUUGCAGGGUUUUGUUAAUGUUUUGACACAACAGACAUACUUGAUACAAGUCCAAGUGUUAUAGCAGGAUAAACUUUGUAGGAAUCAUCUUUAAGGUUUGAUAAUGUUAGCAUAUAACACCCAAACCUCUCGCCAAAUGACGGGUUUUCCUAUGCUUAAGUGGCUGUUUGUGAGGUCACACAGUACUAGUUCUGUGAUUCAGUCAUUGUUUGCUGUGCAUCUGCAUUCCCAUGGUUUUCAUUUGCAAGUGUGAAAAAAUAAUAGUAUUCAGCCAGUUUUGUAAGUGUAGCUUUGAAUGCAGAGGUUCAGUUUACAUCUCUAGUGUCCCAUGAUGAAUAUGAUUUAAACUACAAACUGUCUUCAAUAUACAUCCAGAAUGGAUUGAUACCAAAUUCACUUGAUAUAGUAUUUGUACAUGUUAUCAAAAAACUAAUAGAAAUUUAAAAGUAGCUAUGAAUAGUUACUGAAGUUUUCCAGAUUUUAGAACAAUGUAUCUGGGUCUUUCUAAUUCUGAAUUUCUGUAUUUCAUUUUGCAUUAAUGUAAUUCAAACUUUAUUUUUACAUAAUUGAUUUUAAUAAUUAAUUGAGACGGUUUAGAAGCAGGAAUGAAAAACUGUGACAAACAGUGACAGUAUAUGGUUCUUCAUCUAUAUAGGAAUUAAUUAAUGGUGCCUUAACAUCUUGAUGAAAAUCUAGCAUUAGGUAUAUGAGAUUCACAGAAUUAGUAUAAGACUGUUUGACUGCCUUUACACAGUAGCAUUAUUUGAUAGUAUUGCCAUGGUGUUGACAGUGAUAAUGGAAUUUAUUUUUUAAACUUACUUUUAGUAAAUUUCUUAGUUCACAGAACUAGUAAUGUUUAAUGGGACCAAUAGUAUGUUACUGUAUUUACUAACCAGGCCACAUUGUUGCUAGUCAGAACUUUUACAAUUUAGAAUUAAUCCAUUGGUGCCAGGUUCAUACACUGAGAACUAGUUUUGUUUUGUCCAUUUUUUUUACACAUGGAUGGCUCCACAAGUGCUUAAUCACCAAAUAGUCAAUUACUAGGCCUACUUGAUCUUACCUUUUUACCCUAAUCUUUGAAAUUAUGAAAAAAAAAAAAAAAAAAAAUACUAUUAUUAUUGUUAUUGACAUCAUUAUUAAAAUUUAUUAUUGGCAUCAUCAUUAUUGUUAUGUUAUUAAUAGUACUGAUAAUAAUAGAAAAAAUAGUAACCAAGCACUUGUAGGGCCAGUUAAGCGUAAACAAAACCAGCAAAUUAAAAUCACAGUGGACAAGGCAUGUUGGUGCAAAUACAUUCCCUGGCCACAUCCCUUCCAGCUUCAGAGGAUUAAUGGAUCAUGUAAUGUUUUUUUUCUUUCUUAUUUUGAAUACCAAAGUUGACCUAAUAAUGUCUAGUUAUGUAUGAUGUGAAAACCACAUCCCAAGGAACAGUAUGUUUGCAUGCAUUUUUCUUGUUUUCCAUCUUUCUUUUCUGAUUUUCCAAAUGGAAGUUUUUGAAGAUUAACUUAGUUGGUGUCAUAUGCUCAGGUGCUGUCAUCAGACAGCUGUGUAGUGUGAAACAGUUCCUUAAAUUGCUAUAAUUUUCAUGUAAAAUAAGUCUGAAAACAAUUGGUUGUGAUUUAAAAAGUUGGUAUGUCAUUUGAAAGCACUUGCUUUGUCAACCUGACUUUAAUUUUUUACAUAGAUAAUCAUUGCACUU